UGGGAAAGCUAGCUGAUGCAAAACCCUAAACCUCACACAGAAACAGCAAAUUUCGUACAAUCCAAAACCCCAAAUCUCCACCGGAAGCUUGGUGAUUCAACUCUCAGAGGUAUUACCCCGUGAAAAUCCCUGUUAGAGGCAGAAGAAAAUGGGCUGGAAAGCAGCCGAGAAGCUCAUUAGGCACUGGAAAAUUCUCCGGGGAGACAAUGUGGUGAUAAUCAGAGGCAAGGAUACAGGUGACACUGGUGUUAUCAAACGGGUGAUUCGUUCUCAAAAUCGUGUUAUUGUUGAAGGCAAAAAUCUGGUAAAAAAGCAUAUUAAGGGAGGAAUGCAUCAUGAAGGUGGUAUAUUUACAGUUGAGGCCCCACUUCAUGCCUCAAAUGUUCAAGUUCUUGAUCCAGUCACUGGGAAACCUUGCAAGGUUGGAAUUAAAUAUCUAGAAGAUGGAACUAAAGUAAGAGUAUCUAGAGGCAUAGGUGCAUCUGGAGCCAUAAUUCCUCGCCCUGAGAUCUUAAAGAUAAGGACAACACCAAGACCUACAGUUGCUGGUCCCAAGGAUACACCAAUGGGUCUGGUGUUGGACAAAACAUACGACCCUAAAACUGGGAAAGGCAUGCCUGAUCUUUAAACAAUCCCCUUCAAUUUCACCAGAGGCAGCACUACACAUACCAAUCAUGUAUGUUGCAGAAACUAUUAGAUCAUUACAUUACAUCAAUCUGUUCUUUAUGCCUAUAUUUUACAAUGUUCUCUUUACUAAAUUCAGCUUUCAGCUCUAUCAAUCUUGCUGACGAAUAUUGGGUCAGUAAAUUUCUAGAUUGUAUUCAAGUUUUGAUCUUACAAUAUUCCCACUGACCAUCAAUUUCAU